ACUGACAUGAAUAUCUUUGCGGGAAUUCAACAGAGCUUGUCCGAACCCGACAUCUGCAAUCAAGGAACUGCAACUCGCCGUCCCCGGGACCAUGAAAAACAUCCAACGUUGCCUUUCUAUUGCCGUGCUUUAUUGCAUGAUACUGAUCAGCCCCACACUGGCAUUUUUGCCGCCGUUGUCCACUGCCUCGAGCAAGUUCCGUGUGGCUAGCAGCCAUCGAGCCCCUCGUACAACUUCUUUAAAAGCUGCCUCUUUCUCCGAUGUUUGCCUUUCGGUGGCCGCGGCGGCUGAUGAGUAUGAGUACGGCGCCGUCGCCGCCCCUGGAUGGGUGCUUCCUGUGGGUGCGCUUUUGACACUAGGUUUAGCGGUAAGUACCUCUGUUUCAAAGCACGGGGUAUCCCUUCCUUCCCCCCUGAAAUGCCUUUGGAGCUGUCCUUGCGGCGGCUAGAAGAAGGCUGAUGCCCGAUGCACGAAUAAGUCAUGGAUG